GUUGCUUUGCUGGAAGCAGAGGGAACAUUUCCCAGCAGCGACCACAGAGCAUUGCAACUCCAUGCAUCAGCAGGCAGGAUAACUACACACCCACUUCACACCAUCACCCACAGCUGAAGACUGAAGACCCCCGGUGCACAACUCAGGAGCGACACGGACUCUAGCAGAGACUCAUUUGUGGAGGAGGAGAGGGACUCGGGAGCAUUUAAGUUCAUUUAGAGAAGAAGACUUUUCCUGCAAACGAUGGCCAACUCCGGCAUUCAGCUGUUGGGAUUUUUCCUGUCGUUAAUUGGCAUCGUUGGAUUGAUCAUCGGGACUAUUCUGCCGCAGUGGAAGAUGUCCGCGUACAUCGGGGAUAACAUCAUCACAGCGGUGGCCAUGUACCAGGGACUGUGGAUGUCAUGCGCUUUCCAGAGCACCGGACAGCUCCAGUGUAAAAUCUACGACUCCAUUCUGCAGCUGGACAGUUCGCUUCAGGCCACUCGUGCCUUGAUGAUAGUUGGCAUCAUUGUGUCGGUCGCAGGUCUGGGUGUGGCCUGUAUGGGAAUGAAGUGCACCACCUGUGGGGGGAACGACAAACUGCGCAAGUCCCGCAUCGCCAUGACAGGAGGCAUCAUCCUACUAGUGGGAGGGCUGUGUGCCAUCGUAGCAUGCUCCUGGUUUGCUCAUAAUGUGAUCCGGGCUUUCUAUAAUCCCUACACCCCAGUCAACACCAAGUUUGAGUUUGGCGCUGCCAUCUUCAUCGCCUGGGGCGGCUCCCUCCUAGAUGUCCUUGGCGGAGCCAUGUUGGCUUCUUCCUGUCCACGAAAGAAACAGGUGUCCAAGUAUCCGUCCAUGGCCGGUUCCCGCACUGGUCCACCAAGCAGCACUAAAGAAUAUGUCUGAGAGCGCCCCCUACAGCUUGGGACUCCAACUGAAGCUGACAAAGAAGCCCCUCUCCCCCUUUUUGCAGCACCAGCGAGGAGUAAAACUGAAGGUGUGAACCAUAGAGGCACAGAAUUACUGAAAUGGGACUUUGUUUUCUUUUUCAUCAGGCAGACCUUUGAUAACCCCUUGAUUAUCAUGCAGCACUCUCAAUUGUUUCAUGAAUAAUGUCUCUCACUUCAUCCACACAUUCCACAAUUGUUUACAAGUGGUCUUCACAAAUGCUUUAUAAUUGGAUCCCCUGACUUAAUAGACAAGCCCUUGAGGUGUAACCUCUUGUAUUGUAGCCUAAAUGGUGGAUUGGAGCCAACACUUGCACCUCCCUGUCAGAACCAGCAUCUAUUAGAGUUUGCCAUGUAAUUGAAAGUAAUCAAUUCCAGUUUGGUGUCUAGGCUGCGACUCAGGGGCUCUGUACAACAGAGACACAGGGUGACAAUACAGUGUUUUAUAUUAACUGUUGGUGGUUCUAAAAUAGAUGAUAGGAGAGCAGGGUGUGACUUCACACACAGGGCUCAGUGUGUAGGGUGACCGGAUCACACAGGCCUUUUACUACAACACUCACUACAGGCCCUGCAAUUCUUCAUACCAGUCUGUUACAAACCCUGCUCAGAUAUGAAAUAUUUUAUUAUGUAGUCACUGUGCCGUUAUCACUCUAAUAGCUUCCAUAUCAGCCACUAUGUACGGAAGCCCUGAGAGGCAAGUGAGAAAAAAAAACUGCUGAUCAGGUCUGAUCUAAAUUGUUUUCUCUACUGUUUUCAUGACUUAAGAACAGGGGGGGAAUGUGUUUUUUACAGGAUCAUUUUUUCUUAGUCACCUAAUUAUGUGUUUGUUUGUUGUUGUAAUAGUCAUUUCGGCCACACUACCCUAUGCUCUAAUGAGAACUAACAUCAUUAUUUUUUCUUCCAGGUGACUUUUCAUUUCUACAUGCACUCUAAACCACAGACUGUAUAAAAAUAAUUUUAAUCCAUUUUUAAAAAAAGGAUGUGGUCCCCUAUUGGUUUGUGGAUUUUUGUUUUUGAAGGCUUGACUUUGGCAUUAGUGUUGGGAAGUUUGAGUCUUUCACUGACUCGGAUCACUUACUCUCAGACGGUAAAUUGAACAAAUCUUUUUUAAGUAAUUUCGCUAAUUUAAUUAGUGCGGUGCUGUAGCCCUCUUGAGGGUGAUGUAAAAAAGAAAGCACAGUUCUCAAACUCUGAAGGCAACAUUGUUUGCUUCAGUUGACAAAGUAUAAUACACAAAUGUCACAACCAAAUCAAACCAGGUGAAAACCAACGAGGUGCAAAGACGCACCACAGUACUGGGACCACUGGGAUGUUUAUACUUGAUUGUUAUGCAUCAUGAACGAAUCAUUCAGCUCCUCUACAGUGACUGAGUAGCUGACUAAGUAGGUGCAUGCGCAGAACAGAUAUGGCAGCCACCUAGCUAGCUAGCUUGGUUAGCAAGGUGCAGCCGUAAUUCAAAAUGAACAGCCGACUCCUUAGAGUGUCUUUUAGUACAACCAAAUGCUCACGUUUUGUUGAGGAAGAUUGGAAAAUCGUGAUUGAGCCCAUCAACUCAUUAGGAAAAUGUUUACUGAGCUAAUAAAUUAAGCGAGGAGUAGGGUUGUUUUCUUAUUGUCUGCAAUACAUUGAGACUUCUUUCUUCUUCUGCUGCCAGUAGAGUCGCCCCCUACUGGCCAUGAGAAAUAAUGCAAGUUUAAGGCACUUGUGGAUUUGUUUCACUUUUUGGGGUAUUUUAGAAGUUAUUUAGAGUGCAUGGAGAAAUCAAUACUCCCCUGGGAAAAUAACUUGAAUGCUUGUAUUUCUACUUAAUAAUGGGAAAGUGGUGCGAGUCAGCCUCUUGUGGCCAAAAUUAGUAUUACAAAUACAAAUACACAAAAAAAAAUACUUCCGAAACUUUUUUCCCACCUGUUUCACAGAUGAAAAAACUCAUUAUGGAACUUUAAAUAUUAACCCCUUUUCAACUGUUCUGUGUCAUAAACACAGAAGAGACCAGACUUAGAAAAUGGAUCACUAGAUUUUUUUUCUCUCACUUGUGUCUCAGAGCUUCCAUAACUCUGAGAUUAAACUGCCUCUAUUUAUUUUGACAAACGUAGGACGAAGUUUUGGCUUCUGUGUAGGUUUUAUAUAACAGGUAGAUCACUGUGGCCCACAUCUAGUUUUCAGAGAUGAUGAAGUCAUAUUUUUAUUAAGAUUUUUUAUGCUCUGAACAGUAUCUGCUGUUUUUUUUUUAAAUGUCAUAGUUUUGUACACUUGGCUUAUUUAGCAGAUAAUGGUGUAAUGACAAAUACCAGUUUUAACAUGUCCAACAGUACGUUUAUAAUAAAUAUAUUGCAACAAUGUUAA